CUGUCAGUCAGUAAAGCAGGAAAUCCUUGUACGGUGGAUUAGAGAGUAAGACGAACCUGCCGAUGAAAGGAUACUGUAGCUCAUAGCUAAUGUAAACCUGCAUCUUGAACCGCAAGAACAAAACAGUAUGGAAGCAGAUAAACCGCUACAAUCAACAGGAGAAGAUGUCCUUGACCCAGAAGAGGAGGAGAAGAGGGCGGCAGUAGCAGCCCGUGUGGCCAACCGCCUUCCAGAGCUCCGCCUAGUUCUUCUAGGCUGGCGGUGGCCUGGGAAGAGCCUGACAGGGAACACCAUCCUGGGCCACGAGGAGUUCCGCCUGGAGCGGGCUGCCGAGUUCUGCGUCAAGCGUGAGACGGAGGUUGAAGGCCGCCGCGUGACGGUGGUGGAUACGCCCGGGUGGUUCUCGGCCCAGGACACGUCGCCCGUGUACCAGAAAGAGAUGCUUCGAGGGGCCUCCAUGUGCCUGCCGGGCCCCCACGCCUUCCUGCUCGUCAUCCCAGUGGGCAUGUUCACGGACGUGGACCGCGCCCGCAUCGAGGAGCAUGUGGGCCUGUUCGGGGAGCGGGUGUGGAGGCAGACGAUCGUGGUGUUCACCUGGGCGGAGGUCUUGAGGACCAUAUCCAUUGAGAGGCACAUCCGCAGGGAGGGCAAGGAGCUUCAGUGGGUGCUGGAGAAGUGCAAGCGGAGGUACUACGUCAUCAAUAACUACAUCUUCGGGGAGCACCCUCAGCUGCUGAAACUGAUGGAGAAGGUGGAGAAGAUGGUGGCGGAGGAGGGGGGCUUCUACAACCCAGAGGAGGCCGUGGAAGAGAAGAAGACGACUGUGGAUCAGAACCAGAACACUGCACUUGUGGGACGAGAAUUAGGUGCACGGCCUAAGCAAAACUCGGCAGUGGGAUUAGCCAAAGCCAUGGAGGUGGACCCAUCCCAUAAUUCAGUGGAUGCACUGACUGACUGACUGAUUGACACACUGGCAGACUGGCUGACUGAAUUCUGGAGUGCUUUUGGAUCACCAACAGAACUGAUUUGAAAACUGCUGAAAAUGCAUUGAUGAAUGGGAUCAUUGGAAACUUGUAGGCUUGAAUGUGCAAAUUGUUAUUUAUUUUGGGAGAGGGAUGAAAUGUCUAAGCAGAUGUUCGAUUUUAUGUCACGUCCUUGGGAUGGUGUCUUGGGUAACAGCUACACUUACUCACCAGGAGACCUAGUGAUUGCCUCCUGGCUUUAUUGUAUAUUAGGUCAAAUCCCCUUUUAAAAUGUGUCUUAAACUGUUCCUUUCUGUCUUCCAUCCUUGAGGUAACGAUUGGUGAAAUCAUGUGCCCCUUUACACCAAACUGCUGCUUCCUAUGCUGUCAUCCGUGAUCUGUGGGAUGGGAGUGUAAAAGGACAGUUGCUCGAUACAUCUGUCUGUGACAUCUGUGAGUUCCACUAACUGGAACUCCAGGAACAUGGAAGACUUAAGAUGUCACCCCAAUGUGAACACUUCAACCUGACAUCACACUGUACUUAGUAUUAUUGGACUGCACUGCAGUUAUAGUAAACUGGGGAUAGAAUACAAAAAAACAUUGUAGUUGUUGUAGUUUUGGGAAACAGUUGGUCAGAUUCCCUCCUAAAUUGUGACCAAUCUUAGGAAUGUGUCUUGUUUAAAAUGUAUCUUAAUAUUUAUGUACUUAUGUUAUUCAUUGUUUCGACCCCCUUUUGACAAAAACAGCCUUUACAUAUUUAUGAAUGUUGUGGGUGUCCUUUCAGCACAGUUACCGUGUUGUACCUACAACAUAUAUUAUUUGAAGGUAUCCAAAAUUGUAAAAUAUUAUAACAAAUGUUUUAAUGAUUCCAAUGCUGUUGCAGUACUGUAUACUCAAAUCCUACUGUAUAAAUAUGACCCAAAUACUAUUCUACCCAAUGUACUCCAAAAACAAAAAUUAUAUUUCGAUUGCUUUCUCUAGAGCUCAUAUUCUCAGCUCGUACUUUCACAACCUAAUGUCCAAUGCUGGGUUCAGGGUCAUACUCCAUUGUUUAUAUGUUGAUAUGACAUGCUAACAUACAUUUUUAAAUGAUUGGUAUUUUAAUGUAACAUUUUAUAGGGCUCUGAACGGAGUCGAGCAAAGUGUAAGUACAGAGAUAUCAAUGUUACUUUUUAGGUUACUUUGAAUAAUGUAUGAAGUGACGGUAAGGUAUAAAACUGGUAGACGUCCAGGCCUGCUUAGUGACACUAUGGCAGUUUUCCUUUCAGCUGGAGCUGACUUGUUUGUAUGUGAGAACACAUUCUGUUAUUUUUGUAUUUCAAUUAGAGCCUCACAGUUUUUCUUACGUAACCAAUUAAAGGUUUAUAUUUUCAGUUAAACAUC